AUGGACACAACACUUGUCUACGCUCUUCCCUUUGUGAUCUUGUCACUUCUGUUUGCUGGAUUGGUGUCAUGUCUCCUCAUCUUAAGAAGAAAGGGAAGAAGGCGUCGCCGUCUUCCAACGUCUUCUGAGCUGCGGAGUAAAGGAAUUCCUGUGAUCGAGAGCACGGAAUUUUGGGUUCCAGGGAGAAUGGGAGAUGUUGUUGGAAUAGAGAUUCAGCCUUCGCCUCGGAUGCCGUUCUCCUUUUCAACGCCAAAACCAUCCCAACGUGAAAAAGGGAAUCGAGAUGAAGCCCCGAAGCUUAAAUUUUCAAUCCAGUAUCACCAAGCUAGUGGUUUCCUGGAAGUUCAGCUUAUUGACAUUCAGAACAUAUCUGAGGGCAGUAGCCUUGACGAAGACGACGACGAGUUUUACGACUCAAUCUUCACGUUCGCCGACGUUCAACUCACUCAGCAGGAAGAGUCAAAGCAGAGAAUGCGCCUGAUGUCCCGUCGCCGGCGCCGACGUCACAAGUCUUUUGAAAUCGAGAUGAGCUACGAAGAGCUGCAGCUUCAGACCCUCCAGUUCUGUGUUAUGGGAUUUGACCGGUACUCAAGACAAAAGGUUAUCGGUGAUGUGUUAUUACCACUUGCUGAACUUGCGCAGGAGGGUGUUGACAUAACCAAGGAGCUUGUGAUAUGGAGGGAUAUACAAACGAGGGAAAUAAACAGAAAUAGGAAUAGGAAAUAG